AUUUUUCAUUCCCAAACUUGGAUUUCCGAAAAAAAAUUGGGUUACCAGUCAAAAAAAAAAAGGCAGAGUGAUUAUUUGACGCUUUAUAAGAGACUGGACAAAAUGGAUUAUCAAAAGACAGUUAUCAAAAAGUACGCCAAAGUUACGACUUCUAAGAAGACAGCGGAAGCAAAAUAUUGGAAACGAUUUAGGUCACCCAUUGUUAUUAAAGAAUUUGGAAGUGUCUCUUCGAUUUUCUUUUCACCUGUUGCACCAUAUGAUUUCGCAGUUACCUCUUCAACACGUGUACAAAUUUACUCGUCUAAAACACAUCAACCCAAAAAGACGAUUUCUCGAUUCAAAGACAUUGCUUACUCUGGUAGCUUUCGUCAAGAUGGCAAACUUAUUGUUGCCGGUGACGCUACUGGUCUUGUUCAAAUGUUUGACGGUGGCUCCCGUGCAAUUUUGAGAUCCUUCAAAGCCCAUGCCUUACCUACGCAAGUAACACAAUUCUCUACUAACAAAUCAAAUAUUUUAUCUGGAUCAGACGAUAAAACUGUACGUAUUUGGGAUAUUCCAUCUGGCGAAAGUGUGAAUGUAUUCGAAGAGCAUGAGGAUUAUGUUAGAGCGGGUGUUGUUAGUCAGGAUAACCCAAAUUUAUAUGUUAGUGGGUCCUACGAUCAAACAGUUAAAUUAUGGGAUAUGAGACAAAGUAACAGUGUGAUGACUAUGAACCAUGGAGCACCCGUGGAAUCACUUUUAAUUUACCCUAACGGAGGUGCUAUUAUUUCUUCAGGCGGACCAAUUAUUAAAGUGUGGGAUAUAUUAAGUGGUGGAAGAUGUAUGCACACAUUGGGUAAUCAUCAAAAGACAGUAACAAGUAUGUGCUUCGAUGGAUCUGCAUCUAGAUUGGUGACUGGUUCAUUAGAUCAACAUGUCAAGAUCUAUGAUGUUCAAGAUUAUAAGGUGGUACACAGUGUCAAGUAUCCUGCACCUAUCUUGUCUGUCGGUCUCAGUCCUGAUGACACACACCUUGCUGCUGGUAUGGCUAACGGCUUAUUAUCUAUCCGCCAACGUCAAAUCAAAUCAUCCGAGAAAGCAGUAAAGAAACAAAAGCAGGAUUAUAUUCGUGGUGGUACCUACAAAUACUUUAUGCGUGGUCAAUCAAAUGCAACUACAAAGGACGAUUUUGUUGUUGAACGUAUAAAGAAGCAAAAAUUGCAGAAAUACGAUCAAUUUAUGAAAGUCUUUCAAUAUUCUAAUGCUUUGGAUGAAGUAUUAAAAUUAAGCUCUCAAACACCUGUCAUAGUCGCUGCCGUUCUUCAAGAAUUAAUUCAUCGUGAUGGUCUCAAACAAGCCAUCACUGGUCGAGAUGAUGUAUCGCUGGAACCUCUCAUGCGUUUCUUAAUUAGAAAUAUCCAUCACCCUAGAUUUACAAACUUAUUGGUUGAUGUGUCUGAAGCUGUUAUUGAUUGUUAUACUCGUGUCUUUGGACAAUCCCCACUCAUUGACGGACUUUUAGCGCGUUUAACUUCUAAGGUUAAACAAGAAAUCCAACUCCAAAAAGAUCUUAUCGAAACCAUGGCAACCUUAGAUAUGCUGUUUACCAAAUCUGGUCCAGCAACUGUUAAUAAAUAAAUAAAUAAAAAAAUAAAAAAUAAAAAAAACGCAUUCUAUUUACAUCCAGC